UUUGAGAGCGAUGUUCAGUGGCGCGGAGCUGGUGGCGUAGUGGCCGUCGUCCUAAUUCCCCAUCCGGUUGCCUUCGGGUGGCCGGCCUCAGCGCUGGCCCUGUGGCCAUUUUGAACUGAGUUCGUCCCCACGCCUGUCGCCUGCCUGACCACCCAGCCCUUCCGGGGGCGCGCAGUCUGUUUUUUAACGGGGCUUUUUAACGGUCUGUUACUGGUGGAAAGUCACGGUGUUGCCCCGAGAGGCCUCUUCUGUAUGGUGGAGAGGCCUCAGGCAGAUUAGGACGCUUCCUUCCCGCCGGGAUGGGUGUCGACGCUGCCGCCACAUUCUGUGCCUGCCUUUCCGGAGUGUGGUUUGCUGACCAAGGCCGAAACCGUUGCCUUCUGUGGCUCUUCUGCUGGCCUGGGGCCCUCCUUGGGGCGCCGAUUCCUCCACUAGGUGAGGCCGGGGCUGUGUAGGCCUCUCUGGAUACCCUGCGAGGUCCAGCCUCCUAGUCUGCGCACCUCGCCAUACGUUGCCAAGAGCAGGGGCAAUGGAGUCGGGAGCGGACCUGCCGCGGGGACGGCCGGCGACCCGGGCGGGCCCUCUGUUCCGGCUGCCCUUCUUCUUUCGGUCCCCGCCACCUGGUACUGGCAGGCUCCCCACAUCUCCUGCCGCAGAGCACCCCAGGGACCACAAACCAGUUUGCUCUACCCGGCCUGAGGCUCGGACCAGCUACUGGAUGAAGCUGCUUUCCCAGCUCGUCGCGCCGCUCCCCGGCCUUCUUCAGAAACUGCUGAUUUGGAGCCAGCUUUUGGGUGGCAUGAUUCCGACCAGAUGGCUAGAUUUCGCUGGAGGCUACAGCGCCCUGAGAGCCCUGAGGGCCCGGGAGGAACCAGCCGCCCCCGCUACGCAGAAACCUCGGAGUUUGCAGAAACCUCGGAGUUUGCUGCGGCUGGACCCCUCGGCCGACUCAGCUACCAGUCUUCUGGACUGGGUAGAGGAGGGUAUUCCCUGGCAGUGCGCGUCCUCCGAUCUAGAAUUGGAACUGAAAGCAAAGGGAAGAGCCUUGGAUUCUGCGGUCCACACUUUACUCUUUGAGCAGCAGCUGUGUGGAGUCGAUAUGCUGUCGAGUAGCCUUUACUCCAGGCUGUUCUUUGACCGCGAACUUAGCCUUUCCUCCUCCUGGCCUCGAAACAUUCAGCACUUAAGCAGUUUCAGCGCUGUCUCCUAUUUGCUGAACCCGUCUUAUCUGGACUGCCUUCCUCGGGCAGAGCUUAGCUAUCAGAAGUGCACCGGAGGUGGUGAGCUAGUUGAUUUCCAGACAAUAAACCCAGAAAGCAGCUGUCUGCCUGAGGACCAUUCUCAACCCCAGCCAUUGAAUGCAGAGAUCACUAGCUCCUCCUGGCAGGGAUGUCCACCUCAUUCUAGAGAAGGCGUGCCAGAAAUUCACCAUAUUCGCACGAAACGGCUGGAAUUCCUUCACCAGACCACCAAGGGUCAAGCGUUACCCACCCCCGACCAAGAUCAUGGUUACCACAGCCUGGAGGAGGAACACAGCCUUCUCCGCAUGGAUCCGAAGCCCUGCAGAGGUAAUCCGACACAGUCUGUUCCUCCUGCUGAAGCCAUUCCCGGAACUACCCAGGAAGCCACAGAAGAAAAAACAGAAUUGACUAAAGAGGCCUCCCUUGCUUUGGAAAUACAGGGCCCUUCAGGAAGCUGUCCAUCUUGUGAGGUACCUGUGGAAAGAGAGCCUGGGGAGGACCAAAUAAGUGUAGUUGACUGCUCAGACCUAGAAAAUGAUCUUCCCAUUUCUGCCAGACCAGCGUGUAGUAACAAACUGAUAGAUUACAUUUUAGGAGGUGCAUCUAGUGACCUCGAAACAAGUUCUGGUUCUGGAGGUGAGGAUUGGGAUGAGGAAGCUGAGGAUGAUGGUUUUGAUAGUGAUAGCUCACUCUCAGAAUCAGACCUGGAACAAGACUCUGAAGGACUUCACCUUUGGAACUCUUUCUACAGUGUAGAUCCUUAUAAUCCCCAAAACUUUACAGCAGCGAUUCAGACUGCUGCCAGAAUUGUUCCUGGAGACCCUUCUGACUCAGAGAAGGAUUUGUCUGACAGGUCUCAUCUAGAGAAUUCUUUCCAGACUGGAAGACUUCCUGAGUCUCCUGAUCAUAAUUUUCGGGAGGAAGAUGACUGGGAAUCUAGUGCAGAUGAAGCAGAGAGUCUCAAACUGUGGAACUCGUUCUGUAAUUCAGAUGACCCCUACAACCUUUUAAAUUUUAAGGCUCCUUUUCAAACAUCAGGGAAAAAUUGGAAAGGCUGUCAUGACUCAGAGAGACCACCUGAGCCCACUGUGGCCAUGUCUGAGUGUCACACCUUACUUUCCUGUAAGGUGCAGCUGUUAGGGAGCCGAGACAGUGAAUUUCCUGACGUGGUACAGGGUGGGGUUUUAUCUGGAGAAAGACACAUGCAUAUCAAGAGGAAAAAGGUAACAUUCCUUGAAGAAGUUACUGAGUAUUAUAUAAGUGGUGACGAGGAUCGAAAAGGACCAUGGGAGGAAUUUGCUCGGGACGGAUGCAGGUUCCAGAAACGAAUUCAAGAAACAGAAGACGCUAUUGGAUAUUGCUUGACAUUUGAGCACAGAGAAAGAAUGUUUCGUAAACUCCAGAAGACAUACUUCAAAGGACUUGAUGUUUUGCAGCCAUGUUCAGAUCAUUUGAUAGCCUCUGACCCCAGCAUACACUAACUACUUGAGAGGUUUCUUUUAAAACAAAAAUUGGCAGCUGUCCUUUGACAUUAAUUUUUAAAGAGGGUGUGUGACUUGGAUCCAGCAACCUUGUUUAAUAUUGUUUUGUAACAUAUCCCACUCAGAAAUGUCCAGGGUUGAAACCAAGCCCUGAUAAUGAAGGAUGAGAUAGUGUGGUUUCUAAUCCUCCCCUCUUAUUUAGUCAAAUGUGUUUUCUGAUGUUGUUUGCUUAUUGAGGUGAAGAGGGAAACUUUUAAGGUGUAAUUUUGCACUUUCAAAACUUAUUUUCUUGGGAAACGAUGUAGGAUUCAAAGUCCAACUUCCAUUUUAAUUUAAAUUAUGGGUACCUGUUUAAAAACUUUGGGCUUCCCCCCCCCCCCCAGCAUUCUGAAAUUAAUGGGCGCUUAUGUUUUCUCUGUAUGUUUUUAUUUCAGUGAUUUGGCCCUUCUACCUUAAAGCUCAGACAAUAAUCUUAUAUAUGCUGCCAACUUAAGGUAUAUCAUGUUGUAUCACUUUUACUUUUCUUCUAAGAAUAACUUGGGCUGAAAAAUAAUGUGGUGGGUUUUUAUUUUUAGGUUAAGUUCUACCUACGAUAUUUCCAAGGAUUGCCACAAAACCAAUGUGUGUGGUACUCUGUUACUUUGGCAAAGCUGUAUCUUUUUGCCAGAUUUUAACAUCUAAUGUAUUUAAUUUCUGUACAGACUUUUUUGGAGAGGAUUCUGUAUAUGUUUGUAGUUUCCAGGUAACUGUUUUUUUGUAUCUUUUAACAGAUGGAAAUUGUAAAAGAUACCAGAAAGAAGUAACUACAUCAUAGGCUUUUUUUUUUUU